UUUCAAGCAGAGCAUAUCCAACAUGGAAUGCAAUUACAAGAACAUCUUAACCUACAACGCCAACAAUUUACUCAAAGACAACAUUUAGAAACAACACAAAGAGUAACAAAUCAAGAACAACCACAUUCACAAUCAUCCCCAUUAGAAUCAAAACUUUCAAUUUCUCUGUCCCUAUCAGAUGGGUCAGUAAUAGAUGAUCAACUAAAAGAAGCCGUAAACAUGUUAACUAGCGUUCAUUUAAAGCAACAACAAAUUACAUCACAAGAAUUAGAAAAUCAACAACCUAAAUCUUCACGGAAAGAAUCUCCGAAAAAAUAA